AUGCUGGUGGGAAGCGGUCAGGCCGGAAUGAAGCGGCCGGCAGAGGGCUGGGACCGCAGCCGGGUUCGAGAGAGAUUGCACGCCGCUCUGGCCGGCCUCCAGGAGCUCCAGGUGCUGCGGGACAAGCAGCAGGCGCUGGUGAGCGGGGCUCUAGCCAUGCAGCCGGCCGCGCCGCCGCCACCGCCGCCACAGCCGCCGGUUCCCGGCCCGCCUUGGCUCCCACAGCUGCUGCCCUCAGCUCUCCCUGCGGGCGACUCGCACAGCAAGGAGCAUAGGCUGGAAGCCACACUCACUGCUCUCAAGGAACAACUGUCACGUUUAAGGAGACAAGAUGUUGGCCUGAAAACUCAUUUGGAUCAACUGGAUCAACAGAUAAGUGAACUGAAAUUGGAUGUAAACAAGACGUCCAGUGAAAACCUUGAUAGCGACAGCAGACCCAGUUCAGGCUUUUAUGACCUGAGUGAUGGUGGUUCCUGUUCUUUAUCCAACUCCUGCACAUCCGUCUACAGUGAGUCCAUCUCCUCCUCUCAUAGCAGCCUGCUUCCUGGCAUCCAGACCCCUAAAGUCAGGCUCAGUAUCUUCGACUACCGUCCCAAGUCAGCUGAUGAGACCACAGUGCACAGUGCCCACCUCCAACUUCAGAGAAUACCUGUCAGUGAAGGUUGUUGGAUCAAGGGCAGCCCAGAAAGCGAAGGUGAAACUUUGGCCAAGUUCAAGCCAAGGCCAGUUUCCACAGGUGAUCUCGAAAGAAUUGUGCCUACUGAUGGAGGCCUUCAGAAGAUAAUCACAGAUCCUAAGUCCGUGUCACCCCUUUGUCAUGGAACAGAAAUCCUGUUCCAUGUGGUGGACCCUAAGUAUCAGAGUGACUUGGUCUCCAAGAGUGGCAAUGACAUAUACCCUUACCCGAGUCCUCUGCAUGCAGUGGCCUUGCAGAGCCCCCUGUUUUCUUUAACUAGAGAAACCCUAGAGACGAACAACCACUUGCCCCUUUCUAAACCCAUCCUGAAUAUGUCAGGACCCAGCUUAAUCAGGACUAAACCAAUUGUAGAGGUGCCCCCUCCCGGUGGCUAUAUUGACAAGUUACUCCAGCUGACCCGAGACCGAGGGAAACACACAGGUGGCAGCGUGAGUGAGAGGGGUUCAGCUAAAGGCUCCAUGCCCCCAUCCCAGCAGAGACUCAGUAUUACUUCCAGCAGCAAUGGGCUGAGAGUGAACAGUGACAGUCAGCUAGAAAAGCAGGUCAACACUCCAGAAAGUAGGCAAGCUAAAGUGGGAAGGGGUCAGAGAGAAGUACCUGAUGGGAACAGCAUGAAAAUGCAAGAAGCUGGAGAAACCCGCUUCGAUACAGAACAAGCAGCCAGCCAGCCAAGCUUGGAAUCCAUGGCUACAAAGAGCAGCUUCCCUGAUGAGGUCAGCCCUACCUCAGCUGUUCAGGAAGAGCCAGGGGGCAUUGGUCUCAAGCAGGACACAGCUUCCUGCUCCCAGAUGUACCAAUCGCAUGUCAACACGGCACCCCAAAGAUCAAAUGCCAAAGUCAUCCUGCCGCCCAGAAAGGUGGGCAAAAAGGGGACCGGUCUCGUCACAGGUGAGUUCGUCCAUGCUCAGUUUGUCCCUGGAGAAGCCCAUCUGAUGAAGCUGAAAGCAAGCAACCCCAAGGCAAAGGCUAUGAAAGCCAAGAGAAAGAACAGCGAUAAGGUGCUGAGGCUUGGGAAGCAGCAACCACUGUUAGCAGAGAGGCCACGGGGAAUGCAUGUAGCAUCCCGACUGCCUGCAGAGUGGAGCCCUUCUCCUCGCUUUCAUGGGGGAAAGAACCUGGUGAGAAGACCAACAUUUGUUGGGGAGGUGACUGGUCGGUCCUGCUCUGAGUCUAGCCUCUUUCCUGUGCAAUUUCACACCCCCAAAAUAGUGUCCCGACCUGAACUUUAUCCAACCUCCGCCCAUCCUUUGUACUCUUUUGAAGCAGCUCAACUCAAUCUGGUAGCCAGCGGGGGUGCCAAAAAGAAGCAGAGGAAGUGGCAAUCCACUGUGGAGAUCUCGGCUAAGACCCAUCUGACAAGCUUUUCCACUGACCCCAGCCUAGCCCUGCCCAGGCCACCUGGGAGGAGAGCUGGCAUCUUAAGGACUGUAAGCUCCAGGUCCCGGUCCAAGAUUCCUAGCCACAACACUUAUGCCAAAAGUGAGUCAGACCACUCGGAAUACUCAGCCGAGUGCGCCUCCCUCUUCCACUCCACCAUUGUGGAAACCAGUGAAGACGAUGUCAGUGACUACACUGCCAACUGCUUUGGGGAUAGUGAAUCGGGGGACAGUGACUCAGAUGGUGCCUGUAGGAGCAGUGAAAGCAGUCUCACCCUAGACUAUGAAGAGGCUGUUGGGAGUGAGCUGAUUUGGCCCAAGACAAUUGUCCAACAACCAGUAAGGGGGCAGGCUGCCUCCAAGCCCUCUCAUCACCCGGUACCCAAAAUCUGCCGCAUCAAGGCCUCUAAGGCCCUAAAGAAGAAGAUUCGGCGAUUCCAGCCAGCAUCUCUAAAAGUUAUGACCAUGGUGUGAACUAAAAUGAAAAACAAAAAAUGUCCCAACAGAGACCAGAUUGACUUUGGAACAAGAUAGGUUGGGUUUAAAAAAAAUAGCAUUAUUGAUGGACUAAAAAUGAUCCCCUCUUCCCUCUUUAAAAAAAAAAAGGCCAAAGGACCUUUUACUUUGCUAAUAUUGGUGUAAAUAGCAAUGUGUGUAAU